AGAAAUGGUAAAGACAGAGUCAAAUGCGCGAACUAUGGCCAAGGACCUGAUUGCAGGUUGUUUCGGUGGCGUUGGUAUUGUAGCUGUGGGUCAUCCUUUUGAUACGAUCAAAGUCAAUAUCCUUAAGUGUUUAUUACGGUGUGAAUCCUUCAUUUUGCACGACUUCAGACUCAGAGUCGCGAAAAUCCUUUGUACAAGAAUAUGACUGAUUGUGUAAAGAAAACAGUGAAGUGGGAGGGAGUCAGCGGCUUUUACAAGGGUUUUAUCUCUCCUCUUUGGGGAAACAUGAUCUUUAACGCCGUUCAGUUCCUCACGUACGGUCAGAUGAAGCAGAUCAUUGGUCAUGGUGAGAUCCUGACUCUUCCUCAGACCUUUUUGGCUGGAGCCUUCACAGGCGUCGCGGUCUCCUUCGUGGAAACCCCGAUGGAUCUGUUCAAGUCGCAGCUCCAAGUCCAGAUCAUUCGCGCGAAAGACAAUCCGGAGUACAAGGCGGAGUUCAACACCGUCGGCGGCGCCAUUAAGAAAAUCAUCAAGGUGAACGGUAUCUUCGGUUGCUACCAGGGUUUCUGCACGACCCUUCUGCGUGACACUAUCGCUGUCUCGCUCUAUUUCGGCGUCUACGAGUGGUACCGUCGCGCGCUGCUCAAGAAGGACCAGCCUCUCAGCGACAUGCAGUAUCAGGGCAUGUUCACGCAGUUCAUGGCUGGAGGCGUGGGAGGCAUCGCCUACUGGGCUGGCAUCUACCCGCUCGAUAUCGUCAAGUCCCAGCUGCAGGUGGACAACAUUGUGAAGGCGGAGCGAAAGUACCACGGAUUUAUGGACUGCGCGAAGCGUCUCUAUGCGGAGGGAGGCGUGAAGGCGUUCUUCCCGGGAUUCACGCCCUGCAUUAUUCGUGCCUUCCUCGGAAACGCGGCGUGCUUCGUGUGCUACGAGCAGAGCAAGGCGAUGAUGAACAAAGUGUUCUAGUUAGGUCAAGACCCUGGAUGAGAGCAAUGUGUGUGC